CGUCGGGCGACGCGAACGGCACGUGCCCAGCAACUAGAAUGCGCACUUGGCGUCUUCGGCUCCCCACAGCCAACGGGUGUUUACUUUCUUCCUCUUUUGGUGAGUGAAGCCGACCGACCGGGAUCAAGCUGGGCUGCGACAACCAACUCUCUCGCGGACAGAGAGGAUACAUACUUACCACAACAAUGGAGCCCCAAAGUCUCGAGGCCGCGUCGACUUAUAUUAAUAACCUCCUUCUCGCAAGGGGUCUCCUGAAAAAUGGGAAACCAAUCGAUUUCGCGCGCCCUGAGGAGGGACCUGGUGGAACGGAUGGCACGAUGGCUAGGAUCAUCAAUCUUGUCAACGACCUCGUGGUGAGGAGAGAUAGAGAAGCAGAGCACAGAGAGAACCUGGCCACCACUAUUCGAAUGUUGCGAGCCAACGAGUCGCAACAGACCGUCGAGAUUGAGAAGCUCAAGACGAAGAACUCUGACCUGAAACGAUCCCUAGCUCUGGCGGAGGGCCAGGAGCGAACGUUCAAAACAAACAUGCGCAGCGCCGAGUCGACUAUUCGAGGCCUGAAGGAAAAUGUACAGCGCAUGAAGACCACGAUUCAACAGAUACGGGCACAGUGUGCGAAUGACGUCCGCAAGAGGGAUAUUGAAUUGCAGAGGUUGAAGUCGCAUUUGACUGACAGGCAACGAGGGAAGCGGGAAGGCUUAGGAGUUACGACUAUCAACAUAAAUCCAGCAUCUGACAGGAGCUUGAGAUCAAAGACGGUAUCAAGUGAUGACAGCGUCAACAACCCAGGAUAUAGCCUGAAACAAGAGACGACAGAAUUCUUAACGGAGCUUUGCCAGAAUUUGAGUGACGAGAACGAUACCCUGAUUUCACUCUCCAGGAACACGAUACGUACAUUGAAGGAACUGCAGGGACUCUCUGGCGUUGAGGAAGGAAAUGGCGAUGCGCCUGAGGUUUCGAUCAUGACUUCUCACAGUGCUAACACUGGUCCUGUUACCGCGCUUCCAACAUCCUACGAAGAAUUAUCCUCAGAGAUGGAAGUCGUUCUCGACCAUCUCCGGAACCUGCUGACCAAUCCUUCAUUCGUGCCUCUUGAGGAGGUCGAGAUACGCGACGAGGAGAUUCAGCGCCUGCGGGAAGACUGGGAAAGAAUGGAGAUCAAAUGGAAGCAGGCAGUGAGGAUGAUGGAUGGCUGGCAUAAACGGCUGUCUGACGGAGGAGAUUCCUUUCAGGCUGCUGAGUUGAAAAUCGAACUGGGAAUAGGAUCUGAUAUGAAUUCAGUCAAGCGUUCAGUGAACGAAGGACUCCAGACAAAUUCGACGCCCCCUAUAUAUGAGGAAGAACAAGAAAGCGAAGGGGAAGAAGAAAAAGACGAAGAAGAAGCAGUGCCUGAAUCGAUAUCGAGAGAUGAUACCCCUUCUACCAAUGAUAGUGCUUUACCCGUGAGAAAACCGAGCCUACAGCCUAGCCGGGCUCUGGGUGAGCGGAACAGAAAUAUCAGCUCCAAGUCUCCACGCAAGGUCUCUUUUCACGCAGAUCUCAUCGAGUCAUCGCAGGAUCAGGGAAAGGAAGAAGAUGAAACUAUACCAGUGAAAGCACAUAAAUCUGGAAGUGUCACUCAGAGACCAACCCGAAGACGGGUAGAACCGAAAUCGCGACACGGAACAAAUCCUCGCCAUAUGAGCGUGUCAGAGAAACUUGCCGCUGUGGAAGCUGAGGCUCACGAGGCACUCGAGGCCAGAAAACAAGAAGAGAGCCGCAAGAGAAGUCGUGCGUUGAAGGACUCGAGCAAGCGACGACGCGAACGGCGGAGAAGUACGCUGACGAGCGACGAGCUUGACGAGCUGAUGGGAGUGCCUUCCUUAUAACCGAUUUAGCGGGAUUUGGUCUCUGAAUUUGCUUGAUACCCAUCCUUGUGAGCGAGCAAUCCAGCGUGAAUGUAUGACUAUGUGUAUUCGAAAAGUUCGCGUCGUCGUUUUGCAUAGGCCAGAUACAGCAUUUAGUUAGACUUCGAAGACGUGGAAGUCUGUACCAUCAACUAGUAGUUGAACUGACCAAUCCAAUCACCGGGAUCGCGAGAGUAAAUAUGUUGGCAUGCUCUUCUCAUGAUUUGCUCAGUGUUGAUGGUGAUGCUACCUGUCAACUCCACGUUCGUAGCGCAACCUCGGC